AUGACUGUAAAGCUGAUUAACGGCUAUGGAAAUUGUAAAUACUGCGCAUUUUACACCAUGUCUGAGGAGGCGCAAGUACCAACCAUCAACAACACCGAAGAAACAGUGCAAAAAUCAACUCCAGUAAAAGAACCAACAGAGCCAGAAGCAGACCCAGCACCGGUCACAGAAUCGUCUGUGCCGAACGGUGACUCUAAUGGCCACCCAGAAGCUACCAUUGCCAAUCCUAAACCUUCUGAUCCAGUGCCAGCAGCUGAGUCGGUAGAAGAAGUGGUUGAGAAAAAGGAGAUUUCUAUGGAUACGACUGAGCCAGCCGAAGCGAGCGAAGCACAAGCUGCUGGUGAUGUGCCGCCACAAGAUGACAAAGAAGAGAGCGACACGGAGAAAUGGGAAGUUGUAGGAGAGGAUGAAGUGGCUAAGGCUAAAGAGGCUGAAGCGGUUCAACGGGAAAAGGAAGCUGAAGAAGCCAAAGCAGUUGAAGAAUCUGCCAAACCAGCCGAAGCUGAAGAGGAAGCUGCAGCCGAACCAGCCGGAGCUGCUGAUGUUCCCGCAGCUGCGCAGGAACCUGCUGAAGACGAUAAGCCUGAAGAGUCAAAACCUGAGGAGGAAGAUUUGAAGGAAGACCCUGAGGCAGCAGUGGAGGAAAAGAAGAAAGAGCCAGCGGCUGAAGACGUAGACAAACAUGAAGAACCACUAGCAGAAGAGAACGAAAAGCCGAAAGAGGCUGAGUCGGAGUCUCCUGUUGUAGCAGCUACACCAAGUGGCAGAGGAAGAGGACGCGGUCGCGGACGUGGUCGAGGUAGACCGGCAGGAGCUACCGCUACACCUCGUACUCCACGGACUCCUCGUACUCAUGCACUUCCAUCCGAAGAUGCACCAUCUUCGAUAGCUUCUUCGCGUCCUCGCCGCUCUACAUCUACCCGAGUUGAUUACGCUAACCCAGAUACGUCCACUGUUUUAGCAGAAGUGGAUGAUGAAAUCCCUGGGAAACUUUUCCGGUCUGGUCGCGGUCGUGGAGGACGCGGGAGAGGACGGGGCCGAGGAAAACGCGGAGGCUCUGACAGUGAUAGCGAUCAGCCUGCUAGCGACGAAGACGAUGUGGAGUUCGGUUCUAAGAAGAAACGAGGCGGUGGUCGUGGACGCGGAAGGGGACGUGGACGUGGUAGAGGAUCUGCUGCGGGUUCCCAUAAAGGUAAGCGACACGAUGACUCAGACGAUGACGAUGAUAACGAAGUGUUGAGCCUGCUAGCGGUGAUGAGGUCAUGCCUAAAAAGAAGCGCGCCGCUGGCGCCGACCACAAUCUUCCUCCCAAGAAAAGAGGGAGGGCUGCUGAUGAUUAAAAGGUUUUUAUUAAGAGGAAGUUGUCCUGCAACGGCUUCUUCAACUCAUGUGUUAUAUGGAUUCGCCUCAGUAUCUGUAUAA